CCACAUAACGGCCCUUUGGGAAGGAGCUGGCUCAGACGGGACACAGAAGACUACCAACUACUGGGUGUUUCUCUUCUUUUCCCUCCCACCGAUCUUCACGUGAUUUCCAGGAAAAGGAGAGAGCCUGUUUGGUGCCAACGGCCCCGCCUGGGCUUCGAGAGGUAAAAAUGGUAACAGCUCAGGAAGAAGACUUGCAGCUGCUUCUUGAAAAAUUUCUUGAAGAUAAAGAGAACAAGCAAAUAGAAGAAGAAUUGAAACAACUAAUAGAAGACCCAAAAAAUGACACACAAAAGAUCAUUGAUGAAAUGAUAAAAACAAAUAUUGAGCUAAAGAUGAAGAGUAAAAAGCUUGAAACUGAGUUGCAACGUCCUUCAUCUUAUCUGAUUAAAAAGAAUGUUCCUAAAAAGAAAAUGAAGUUCACAUCGGUGGAGAGCCCAAAGGAUGACAGCCAAUAUUUAAAUAUCUCCUGUUCAUUUCAAGUAACUACACAAUUUGAAUAUGAAUUGCAGCAAGGACAAGCACUUAUCACCUUUGAAGAUGAACAAGUUGCACAGAAUGUGAUAAAAAGAGGGAAACAUCUUGUAGAGCUUGAGAAUGAGAAGGUGAAAUUGACAGCCAAAGCUGUCCCACUAAAAACAGGUCUAAGUCUUCAGGUUAACACAAAGAUUUCUAAGAAAAAGAUUGACGUUGCUGAAAUACCUGAUGUGUUAUCUGAAGAACAGAUGAGAGACAAAUUGGCACUGUGUUUCAGUAAAUCCCAUUAUGGAGGUGGAGAAGUAGAACAUGUGGAAUAUCAUAAAAAUUCCCGAACAGCUGUUAUUACAUUCCUUAAGAAUGGAGUUGCUGAUAAUAUUCUCAAGCACAAGGAAUAUCCUCUUUAUACAAGUACUAACUCCUAUCAAAUUGUUCAUGUUUCCCCACAUGUGGAAAAACAAAUAGAAAAGCUGCAGGUAUUUUCAGGAAUUUCUAAGAGGACUGUCCUUCUGAUGGGACUUAAAAAUAUUCAAGAAGAUGAAGAAAGUAUAGAAGAUGAAAUUCAUAUUCAUUUUCAGAAAGGGUCAAAUGGGGGAGGGGAUGUAGAAGUUGUUAAAUGCGCCCUCAAAAAACCUGAAAUAGUAUAUUUUGAGGCUGAUCUAGAUCAAGGGUGUUUAACCUGGGGAUCAUAAGCUUGUUCAAAUUUUUUUUGAUAACUAUAUUUCAAUAUAAUUGAUUUCUUUUGCAAUCCUAUGCACUUUGUGCAUUUAA